CUAGAACAUCAUUAACUCGUGUGUCCAAGUAGUACAUAUGUACUGAGAAGUAUACCUCCUCGCCGCUACCACUCCCACAUCCCGCUCGACAUGUAUCCAACUCCCCCCUCAUUUCGACAAAACCUCAUGGCUAAGUCUGCACCUAGACUUAACAGGAAGGUGACUAUUUCAAGCAAGUGUUCCUCCUCAUUAAGUUUUGAAUUUAUCCAUGUUGUAUUGAGGUUGGAUGGGGUUGAAGAAGGAGGGGGGUAAGAUGCUGAGUUCUGCUGCGAACUAUGGGCUGGGCGUUUAAA